CCUUGCACUCGCAUCAAGCAAACUUCCUGCCGGACCAUGCGUGGGAAACUUAUCGUCUUCGAGGGGCUCGACCGGGCGGGCAAGUCAACACAAUGUAAUCGGCUGGUAGAGAGUUUGCAGAGCGAGGGGAUGAAGGUGCGGUAUCUGAGGUUCCCAGACAGAACAACCCCAAUCGGCCAAAUGAUCAACAACUACCUCACGAAUCAAAGCGAACAAGAAGAUCACGUCAUCCACCUCCUGUUUUCAGCGAAUCGGUGGGAAGCAGCUGCAUCUAUCCAAGCUGAUAUCGCAGCCGGCACCACCGUCGUCAUAGACCGCUACUACUACUCCGGCUGUGUUUACUCUGCAGCAAAGGACAUUCCAGCCCUUGACCUAGCUUGGGCGCGCCAUCCAGAAGAGGGUCUGCCGCGCCCAGAUGUCUGUGUCUUCCUUGAUAUCUCGGUUGAGGAGGCGGCGAAGAGAGGUGGGUACGGGGGGGAGAAGUACGAGGUGCAAGAGAUGCAGGAUCGAGUGCGAGGGCUAUUUGCGGUAUUGCGGGAGUCGGCUGAGAAAGACGAUUUCGUGAGGAUCGAGGGCGGUGGGUCUUUUGAGGACGUGCAGAAGAAUGUGAGACAGGCGGUAGGCAAGGCGAUGGAGAAGGUUGAUGGGGAGGGGUUGCCGCUGAGGUUUGUCCAGCCGUGGUAGUGGAGAGCUCCUUUGACAGCGAAGAAGAGCUGUUAUACAGAGAGCAUCUCAUAGAGGUAUUGGCGGUCUGGGACCCGGAGUCUCGGGAGUCUGGCCCCAGUAUUCUCAUUUCAUGCAGCAUGGAGUCGAGUGAUUGAAAACAGUCGUAUGUCUCUCAACCAGGUCUUGUCGUGAGAACUGCAUCGUCUUCAGCAGGGAAUCCCAAUUCAAACUCUUCCGCAAUCCCUC